CCCUGGUCGUUGACCCAGUUUUCCAACACUGUGGAUGGCGUCGUUUGAAUAAAACUGUAAACUAUUACCAACACAAACAAGAGAAAUUAUUCGCCACGAAAAAAAGACACAAAACGUAAUUAGAAAAAUAAAAAUAGAAAACUACUAGCUCUAGGAGUGAACUGUCAGGUGACUCCUUUGAGAAACUCCAAGAGCGGCAACUGUUUGAGCUGCCAGUGUUGUCAAGAAGCCCGCGCAUCAGUCACUAGCGUCCCCGUGGUUAUCCAUAUCACAGUUUCCCAGGAGUAGCAAUGACGCUACCACGAUCAGAGACUCCCCUGCGCCGCUCGGCGGUGGGGAGCUACCGCGAGGGCAUGGCCCACAACACGACGGUGGUUAAUGACGAUGAGGCGGAGCGCCAGGAAGCCCGGCGUCGCUCCAUGAUGCAACCGCGCCAAAGCACUCUGGAAUCCAUCGAGGACAACGAGGCCAUUCGCAGCUGCCUGGAGAUCUACAAUGGCAACAAGCUGAGCAAGGACAAUGCCUGGAGCGUGUCACUCAUAGAUUCGCUGGCCAAUCUCCUCGACCACCAUCACAAGCGGAUGAGCAACUUCAAGAUGGCGGGUUCUUCGUUGGAGGCUUCGUCCAAGGUGUAUGGGCUGCGUGUGGACUCCAUCUACCUGGACGCAAUGCGUAUUUCAGCCGGCCUGAGUGCCCGCACACUCACAGACAAGCAGAUAAAUGCCGCGGAAAAUGACGAUGGAACAGAACCUUCCCAGGCAGGCGGCGAGGGUGAUGAUUCAGCUUCCGCUUCUAGUCAGAAAGCGGCUGCACCCAAGCCCAAAAGACAAAAGAAGAACGUAUCGACUGUUACCAAGAACAAGGAGACCCUGAACGCUCGCCUGGACACGACACCGCUUCAGGAUCCAGUAUUUGGUCAGCUCAACUCGACGGUGGGCUCCAUCAAUGCAUCGAAUCGUUUGAUGCACAACAUUCUGCCCAGUCGGGAUUCGGAGCUGCGGUUGCGUACUAACUAUAAGUUUUGGGACGGUGAAGAGGUGUCUGAGGACAUCCAGGACCACACAACCUUGUUUGCGGAAAAGCAGCAAUGGCCGACAGAAUCGCUUGUUAGUGCCGACUGGCUCCGGAAGCUGCUGCCCCAGGUGGAUAAAUUGAAUCUCCGACCCAUGCACACUGGGUACAUCAUCACAAGUGCCCCGAAUCCAAAGCCAUCGGCCGAAAAGCCCAAGGAACCCGAAGCGGAGGCGCCGCCAGAAGAAGAGGACGAUGGGGUCGACAAUGCUGAUGAUAUGUGUGCGAAUAUAAAUGAGAUUUCCAUGGCCUUCGAUGUCGAAGCUGAUGUAGCGCCAAUGCCCGAUUUGGAUGCAGCACCGCCACAGGUUUUAGAAGUGGGUGGGGACGACCUGCAGGAGCUUACUAUGGAGGAACAGAUGGUGAUUCACAAUUGUAGGAGGCUGCGCAAGCAGGCCACUGUCAUUGACGAUCUACGACCCGUUGAUGGAUCGUCCAAGCUGGAAUACUCUUACCGGCCGAUGGAACAGAUCUCUCAGUUUUGGGCGGGACCCUCGCAUUGGAAGUUUAAAAAAAAUCGGGCGCGCAGCACCCUGUUUCAGACCAAUGGUCAGACGGACACUCAGGUGGGUUCCAUCCAGCGGCCGAAGAAGUCGGCGCAGCAAGCCGCCAAGCGAAAAAAUAAGCUGAUAGCUUACGGUAAGGUGACGCAGGACUUCUUCCAACCGCUGGACGCCAGCGUUAAACAGCGGAAGGUUAAUUUCCAAAAGAAGUGGGACGCCCGGAAACUGAGCUUGCCCACAAAGUUCAACUUCGAUUGGGACUACUUUUUCAAAUAUGAUUCGGCGCCAAGUAUAAAGCUGACUCGUCGCGCUGGGGAGCCGGAUUCGGAUGAUGCUGACGACCUUGGGCUGGACAUGGACGCGGGCUCCGAGCACGGGGAUGUCGAAAACGACCUCGACCUCUUGGGUAAUGAACACUUCACGGCCGCCGUUCCCGCCAAUGUGAGCAUUAUGCUUCCGGUGGAGGGCGCAGAAGGAGCUGAUGGCCUGGAUAUGGACGCCAGGGAUGCAACCCUUGGCCUGACCAACGUGUCUAUGAGGGACCCAUGCAAUAAUACUGUUCUCGAAAUUGGAACCGAGUUUGAGGGCGCUCCCUCUCAGGUUACCAAAGUGAUUGUGCCCUUCGCCAAGCGUGCCAAAGUGAUAGAUAUGAAAAAUCUCAAAAAAAGCUGCAACUCUCUGAUUCAGCAGCAAAUGUUGAGCGCUGUGCCCGAGGAGACGAUACCGUCGCACCCCAGGCCGAAAAAGGAGCAGUACUCGAAGGGAGUGGCCAGUUUCCAGGAUGUUUACUGCAAACUACCGAACCUGCUGACCACAAAAAUGUCAGAUUCACUCUCCACGUCAGUGGCUUUCUAUGCAGUCCUGCACUUGGCAAACGAUAUGAAGCUGCGGCUUAUUCCUCAGGAAGAUUUAGAAGAUUUUAAAAUCCGACAGGUCUUGGAUUAGGUUCUAUUUUUGUAUUAGUUUUUUAUUUAAGUUUCUUUUGCAUGUGUUGGAUUCUCAAUGUCACUUUACCUUAACUCCAUAUCACCAAAUAUCCUUAAUGUAUAUCAGUAUUUUGUACCCAUGUAUGACAUUUUCAUUUAGCGGACUCAUUUUUUGUUUUAAUGAUCAAAUAAACUA